AUGGCAGAUCAGGCACAGGCGCGCAUGCUGUCAGCAGCCUUCCCGACACCCCCGCCGUACUACAAGCACUUCACCAAGCAGAAUGUCACAAAAGUCCGCCAGAUCCGCAAAGAGGCCGCAACCAACACCAACCAAGUCGACGUGGAGUCAUUACCCGCCGAGCUACGAUACCUGAUCCCGCCCGGACCACCGGCAGAUGGCCGCUAUAAGAGCUUUGGAGCGCAGCAUGAUGUGCCACAGUCUCUAGCCCAAGCAGGAAUCCAAGAGCUGUAUCCCGCAGACGUCGCCCACCUCGAUCCGACCNCCCAUCUACAGACCUUGACACGCGCCGUACUUCUCAACUUCCUCGAACUGGUUGGCACGCUGUCGGUCAAUCCUACACAAGGUCCGGAGAAGGUCGAACACCUGCAAACCCUCUUCUACAACCUCCACGAUCUGAUCAACCGUUACCGCCCUCACCAAGCACGCGAGAGUCUGAUCAUGACCAUGGAGGACCGACUGGACAAGAUCAGAGCUCAGAUCAAGGGCGUCAAUUCAGCAAAGGAUCGCAUGCAACAAGUUCUGGGCGACAUCCGCAGUCAAGCCACGUCCGAGACCAUCAAUACGCCCACAAAGCAAGAGAAGCCAUCGGUACAACCAGAGGCACCUCAACCUACCGACGGCAUACACCAAGCCAUGUACGAAGCUCUGGAACAAGAUCUCGACGAUUGA